GAUCGUCAAAAUUGAUUAUUGGACAUGCUUUGUGCCGUUGGCGUUGAUCGUCUGUUGUAGUUGGGUUGUAAGUCGUUCGUUAUACAGAAGAUUGCCUGGUGCCAGUCGAGGUUUGAACGUCGCGAGCGACAGUCGUGGGGGCAACCGUGUGUUUGUGUUGUCUGUUUAACGUUCGAUUUCUGCACGGUGUUAGGAACGAGGAAAUCUUCUCACGUGGAAAAUAUGAUUUUGGGAGUUUUCCUCAUACGCCCAAGAAUUUUCGAAAUUUUGUGACGAUUCACGGGUUCAAAGUGUGUUUUUGAAGGAAUGAUGACUGUUUUGGACCUUUAGUCGAUCUGCGAAGAAAUGAACAGACGGGCCAUUUAACUCCAGUGGAUGAAGGAAACUAAAUAUUUAAGUUCCCCGAUCCAAGAUGGCGAUGAACCUAUUCAAGACAACCGGCGGUGGCAGAUUCUACACCAAGGUGAUCCUGCUCGCCCUGCUAUGGGGCUUGGCCGUCCUGACAAUCAUGGAACUACGACAGAUGGACCUCGACGUGCCAGUGCCGCACCUCAACAGCAGAUUCCUGCUCCAGAAACGCUUCGACCCCUACACCAGCGCCACCACCGAACGCUACGACAUCGACCCCUCCAUUGACCGAAGACCCAGUCCCUCUGAAGACAUGCUGGUCGAGGACAUCCAGAAGAGGAUGCCCAACCUGCCCAUCGUCUACUGGAACAAGAACAAGAACAAACCGAUGGGUUUCAACAAGACCUGCGCCAAGUUUCCCAGCAUGUUCGAGCUUGAGUUCAACAACAUCUACUGGCAGACGCUGAGGAGCUCAAACGGCACCUUCCAGUUCUUCGGCGCCUACCUGGAUAACAGGGCCAACAACCGGCUAGGGCCCACCGUCAGGAUACUGGGUAUGAUCGACCGUAUCGAGCCCACGGUGAAGACCUUCUGUCAGUUUUGGUUCGAUGGGAAGAAAGAACCGGUCAUCGUGAAGACCUUCGAGUACAAAUACGUCUGGUACAAGAAAUGGGGCAACUACAAACAGGGCAUUUACCAGCCGUACCUCAUAGCCUGCGUGUUACCUCAAGGGUACAAACAGAAGAUCCCCCAGUCUGUUUCGGUCGUAGAAAAAAGCUGCGACAACGCCACUAACAACCUUAGAGUCAUCUACAACAAGCCUGAACAAAAGAAAGACUUCGCAGUAUGCGUUAAAGGUCUUGAUUUCCUUCACGAAGACUUGUCUGUGAGGCUGGUGGAAUGGAUAGAGCUUCUAAACGUACUUGGUGCUGAUAAAAUCUUCUUCUACGAACUCCAAAUCCACCCCAACAUCACCAAAGUCCUGAAACACUACGAGAAUGAAGGAAAAGUCGAGCUGACACCUUUGAUACUGGCUGGAGGUCAACCAAACGCUCCAAGCUUCCAACACUUGUACUUAACCAAGAAAACCAACCAUAAAAGACAGAACGAAUUGAUACCCUACAACGACUGCUUCUACAAGCACAUGUACGAAUACAAAUACAUAGCUCUUUUGGACAUUGACGAGGUGAUAAUGCCCAAAGACGCUUUGAACUGGAAGGAACUGAUGAACAUAGUGCUUCCUAAAGCCUUGAAGAUCAACAAGGAAGAAAGGGCGUCCUAUAACGUCAGAAACGUGUACUUUUUGGACGACCUCAUCCACAACCACGGUUGGUUCAAGGAAAUGCCCAAAUACAUGCACAUGCUGCAGCACGUUUACAGAACGAAGAAUUUCACGAAACCCGGACAGUACGUCAAGUGUUUCCACAACACUGAAAAGGUUCUGACCUUGCACAACCACUUCCCCCUCUCCUGUUUAGGAGCCGGUUGCACUUCCUACCCUAUAGAAGUAGAGGACGCCCAACUGCACCACUACAGGGCAGAUUGCGUGAAGACCUUGAAGAAGAGCUGUGAAGAAUUCCGGAAAACAAGUGUCAUGGACACGACCAUUUGGAAAUACAAGGACGUUUUGAUACAGAGAGUCGGUACAACGUUAAGGACAUUGGGUUUUUUCAACACAGACAGAGAAAGCGGUAAACGAUGAUCGAUUAAAGACUCAAUUUUCAGUUCCUGUAUCAAACUUAAGUGUUUUGUGAUAUAAAAGUGCUUUUGUACAUUUUCAAUUGGCAACGAAUUUGUGAUGAUUUUAUAUAGGGUAGUUACGGACAUUGAAUUUUUAGAGAUUGUUGUACAUAACUUUUCGAACAAAAAUUUAAUGUAUAGAUAAGUCGUAAAUGUGAGCAUAUCUGCCAUUCAUAUAUGUUAUUAAGCUCAAACACUGAUUUUCGAAUUUACAUUUCAAUGUUGUUCAUGUAACGAACAAUUUUUUUACUUUCGACGAUCAACUUUGUAUUGGUAUAGGGUGGGAACUCUUGAUAUUUUCAGAUACCAAAGUCAAUUUGUUCGGUGGAAACCGAACGUUGAAUACUUAACUGAAUUUUGAAACUACGUACGUUUUUUCUAUCUGCCUUUUUGUAUAUUUAUAUGAUAUGAAGACUUAUAGAAUAAGGAUUUUUUGUAUAAAUUUAUCAUUUUUUCGAAAUUGUUAAUAUAGUAAAGUGCCUUACAUGAAAUCUAUAUUUAUAAUAGCUCAUAGAUUCGAUUAUUUAUUAUUUUAUGUGAAUGUAUAGGGAUAUUAAAGAAGAUAGAGAAGUA